CACCGGCAUGAAAAUGUGCAUUUAUUUUGUUUUGUUGAUUGACAACAAACGGGAGGUAAAACAUUAAAUUGAUGGGGAAAUUCAGAAAUAUUUAAACGCUUUUGAUGAUGAAAAAAAAUCGUUAACUGAGACCCUAGAAAAUGUGAGGACAGUACAUAGACCAGAAGUCGGUUUGUUGACAAUCGAUACAGAUACGACACAGAUGGCUGUGCUAACGGUGGUAGCUGUCCAGCUUCUAGGGAUAUUUGUAUCCAACGGAAAAUGUCUCCAACAGAUAGAUAAAGGCGAAACAGAGACUCUAUCCGUUGUAGUGGAUUCCAAUGCACACAGACAAACAGACAUUAUACAAAUACUAGAACCACCCAAAGUGAUAACAAACUCACAGAGACUUCAAAUAUCGUACCACUGUAGCAAAAACAAGGUAUUUGGUAUAGAGGUAAUCUCCAAUACAGAGACACAGAAAAAAGUUCGUCUGUUCCAUAAAGCAUGGAAAUGUUCGAAAACCAAACAAACCAACAGAAAAUUGACUCUGUUUAUAAGAUUUCCACCAAAGUACGCGUUUCAACCGGAUUUUAUUCAGAAGAAUUACGAGUUUUUGUCGGAGACCAAGAUUCGAGUUUGGAUUCUAGAUGAGUGGCAGUGGGAAACUGCACGACGUCAGCAUGACGCAUUUCUUAGAGCGUUUGUGAAAGCCAGCUAUGUUGUCCAAUACCCGUCACCGUUUUCCAGACCGAGAAGGAAUUUUGAAGAUUCCUGUGUUUCAUGGAGAACUCUCAUACUUCUCAACAUUUCACAGCGAAUGAUUCCUAAAUGUCCCCAUGAAAAAGAAUCCAUUGAAAUCAUCCAAUUCCCAGCCGUCAUGACUGGUUUGUCGUAUGGUAUACUGAGAACCUUCCAGCCCUACAAAGAUCUGGGGCUCGAAACAAAGAGGCUGUCAAUGCUACAACGCCCAAGAAUCACCUUGUCCGUUUGGCUGUAUGUGUUGGAAUAUUGUCAGAGAGACCUCUGCAGCAUCAUCGUCCGAAUGAACAGGACCGCUACUUACCUAACACCAAUGAUAUUUCUAACCAAAGACGGAAGGUUCCAUGUUCAAAUCUCCCAAUCGCAAGGACAAGAUCUAGCGGCGCUGACCAACUUCCACGUGCCUUUACGCCAGUGGUUCAGAUUUGUCUUUACUCUUGAUAACCAAAUGUGGGCGUUUACAUUUAAUUAUGGGCCAAAAUUUAACACCACUUUUGAAACUUCUUUUCGCAUUCCGGGAUCGGUGUACAUGGACGAUACAGUCGGGUUUCUAGUCGUUGGGGGGAUGGAAGGCAGACCGGCCUUUAGGGGGUACGUCGGCCAGGCUACUUACUUCAGGAACAAGAUCGUGUCACCCUCACAGAUCUUAUUCCCAGACCCAUUACAUCCUAUGUUCGAGCUUCAGUUGUCCAGACGGGAGGACAAAUGUCUAGCUUUUCUACAAUGGACGAUAGAGAGACUCCAAGUCAGAAAGCUUAUAAGGCAACAGGAAACGCUGAAAAGAAGUUCGUUCAGUUACUUUGCUAACAUCUAUCAACAAACAAGGAAAGACUCAGGCACAACCUGUACUUACCUGGACACACCUGUUCCCAAAACUUACAGGAUACUGGACAGUAUUCUAAGUCGUAAUCAGAAUAUCGACGAAAUCGACAUGAAACGAAUAGGAACCCAACUGUUUGCGGUUCUUAGGAGUAAAAUAGACUCUGACGUCACUCGAAUCAGGAAAAUUUUCCCUGCACUAAAACAGAGCUCCUGCCUCGGAGACAAUGACGCCAUGUAUAUGGUUGCCGUGAUCCUCAACAACGGGUUUCUGGUCAAAGCUGACGAGAUGCAGGCUUUGGCUUACCUGAUGAUGGCAGCUUUGGACAAUCACAGACUAUCGUUCCUGGCCAUAGGAAACAAACACAAGAAUGGUCUGGACACAGUACCAAAAGACUUAGACCAAGCUUACAUGUAUUUCAAAUAUGUUGCUGACACGACGAGAGAGGAUCUCGAAAAACAUAAAGAAACUGAUGUGCUAACCGAAUCAGUUCGUUUGACUGAUGACGUAAAUCUAAGAGAGCAGACGGAUGAAGACGGAGACGUUUUCCAUUGGUGGAUGCACCAGGCAAAAAGAGGCGUGCUAGCUGCUCAACAACAUGUUGCUCGUAUGCUAUUCUGGGGAUCACAAGGUUUGAAGCGUAACAUACAAGCCGCAGUGGAAUAUUACAAAAUGGGGAUCGAAUCAAAAGACCCCGUUGCCAUGUAUGAUUAUGGAAUCCUGAUGAUGAGGGGACAGGGAAUGAAGAAGAAUGUAUCAGAAGGAUUAUCUCACAUUCGAAGAUCUGCAGAACAGAAAAAUCCAGCAGCACUUAACGCAUUAGGUUGGUACGCCAUGAACAUGGACCGAAAUUACUCAAUGGCAGCUUCGUAUUUUGAAGAGUCCUACCGUUAUGGAAAUCCGGAUGCCGCUAAUCAUCUUGGCUUCCUUCAUUUACAUGGAUAUUAUCCAAAUAAAUCUGCAGAUCCAGAUCUAGCGUUGCAAUACUUUAGUUACGCUGCCGCACGUAACCAAUUUGACGCUGGGAUAAGUUUAGCGUACCUUCACCACAAAGGUACUCCUCGGACCAACAGGAGUAUAGAAGUGGCAGUGGAAUGGGCUAGAUUUAUUGCAGAAAAGAAUCCGCAUUUAGGGAUAGUCCUGCGAUCAGCUCUCCAGGCAUACAGACACGGUGACAACUUUCUCGCCAUUUUGUAUUACAUGAUGGCAGCCGAGGCUGGGAUAGAAGUAGGGACCUUUAACUUGGCCUGGUUAUGUGAAGAAAAUAAGGGUGGAACAACUUCAUUCAUAAACAAGGACUGUCAAUGGAGGAACUAUGAUUUAGCAACACACAGAGAACCUCAAUUCGUCGACUCUUAUGCAUUCAUCAAAAUGGGGGAUUAUCAUUGGUUCGGUUGCGAGGGUCGUCGUGACGUGUACCGAUCCGCGGAAUUUUAUGCUCUUGCGGCAUCUAAAGGAGAUCCACAGGGGAUAUUCAAUCUGGCAUAUUUAUUCGAAGAGGGUGUUGACAUCUCGCCACAAAUCUGGCGAAAAUUGGGAAUCCCAAGACAGUUCCAAGCAUCGAAAUCUAAGAUUCUUCACGAAUUGUAUACCAGAUGUCGAGAUUCACCGCGCACGGAGGCUUACAUUCCCUGUACUGUGGCCCUCUAUCGAGUCGUACUGACGGGCAUCUGGCAGAAAUAUCAAUCUUCUAUUAAGAUAUCUGGUUUCAUUGUGGUAUUAUCAUUGACCAUAUAUAGUAUUUACAUUCUGAGGUCUUAUUUCUGGCAUAGGCAUACCACGAAUCUAAGUAUUGGAGAAUUAUGAAGUGGACCUAAAAAAAAAAUAAAUUCCUUUUUUAUCAGUUUGUUAUUUGUAAUAUAUAUGUACAUGUAAUUCAUAAUGGGAUCCCAAAACAUUAACAAUCAUGUGAUAUUUAUCACUCUGCUUCCUCGUACAAGUAUCAGAACGAGAA